AUGACACAUACGUUGGUAGCUGAUAGUCAUAGUUCAGAUGCUCAGUCACCUUCAAAUUCACAAGUAUUCAAACAGCUACAACUUAACUAUUUAAUUGGUUACGCACUUGCCGCAGCUGGUAACAAUUUACAAAGUUCCUAUCGAUAUGCUAUUUUCGAUUCAUAUGGUCUUAGACGAACAACAAUUGAACGAAUUUUUCUUUGUGCUCAUAUUUCAACUUUAACGCUUGGUACACUUAUUUCAUCACUUGCUGAUAAAUAACUGGCACUUGAUUAUCGUAGUUUUUGUUCUUAUGGUUCAGACUAA